UCUAUACCCCUGCCCAGCUCCUCUCACAUAACGCCGCUACUCUAUGCUCAGGCCACAGCCUUACUGUGCUGUGCUGACUGUGACCCCGCCCCUGAGGUUGCUCUCCCACUCACUCAGGACUUAGUGAGUGUGUGCUCUCUGCUGACUCGGGUCCUACCCUGCCUCGGCCCUGACGCCACAGCUAGAAGAUUGGAAGGUUAACCAGGCCUGGAGAGGAGGUUAAAGUUGAGAAGUCAGAUUCUGAUGUAGAUAGUACUCAGCCUCAGGCCGUCUCUACACCUGGGCUUGACACAGGAAGUGGUCCACAAUCAAUUGCAUCGACAGCUGAGGAGUCCAACAGUAACGGGGCCAUGGGCGGUCCGGACAAUCCGAGGGAGGAUCAGAGCGGUAAAAAGGUAGUGAGGGUUGUGAGAAGAGUGGUAAGACGUGUUGUUCCAGCUGGGACGGAAGAGACUACCCAGCCUGCUGCUUCUGAGACUGCAAGGGCAACUCCCGCCGCAGAGUCUGUGCUUAAAACCACCAAAACUGUUAGAGUAGACAAGGAUGAUAUCUCCAUGGGCUUAACCAGUUUAAUGGGCAGAAGCAGAACCAAGGAACACCGACCUCGAACACGCAACCAGGACCGCAAAGAGGACCUGAAGGAGGAGACAAAGCAGGAGGAGGAGAAAGGAAAUGUGGAGGAAGAGGAGGAAAAACCAGAGGAGGUUGCGACUACAUCUGCACCCACAACUACACCACCAAAGUCCAACCCCUUCACUCCUCCAGCUGGGUUCCUCCCCACUCCCAAACCUGACCCUUUAGCCCCACCCGCUGGCUUUAUCCCUGCCCCCAAACAGAACAUCCUGAGUCCUCCACCUGGUUUCAUCCCUGCCAGCAAACCCAGUCCUGUGCUCCCAAAACAGAAUGCCCUGGCGAGACCUCCAGGAUUCAUUCCUGUCAUAAAGACAGACCCCCUGGCCCCCCCUGCAGGCUUCAUCCCAAAGCCUCGUCAAGUCCCUGUGAAGAAACCAGAGGUAUGGAGUGAAAAACAACAACAAUGCAUGUUUGCGACUUUACGUCUGGAUGGAGAAUGCUGCGUGAUAACAACAGACAUGACUGGAAAUUCAUAUUGAAUCUGUUGUUUGGGUUUUCCCAGGAUUAAACCCUGACCAUUCCACAUUUUAACACUAUUCACCAUGAAGCUAUUUAAUCUUAAAAAAUAUGAACCAUUUAAGACAGCCUAAGCUUGUCGCAGAUGUGAUUCUGUUUGCUGAACUUCUUGACAAUCAUCUAACAACCAACAUAAUUAAUCGUCAUCUACUUCUUUUCGAGGUUUGAUAUAAAGAAGCCCCCCUGAAUAAGUGAAGGAAAGCAGAGCACAUAUACUAGCUCAUGAUCAUACUUUAUUAGAGGGUAUAAGGCUCUCUGUUCAGUCCGAGUUGUCUAUGAGCGCUGAGCUGUGACUCAUUACUGUCACUUGCUGCAGGCAGAGAGUUGAAGCUUUGCACUUUCUGGGGCUCUUUUGGGAUAAUUUGGGAUAAAGAAACAGGACUCAUGAUAGGAAUUCAAUUUCUUGAACUUAUCAGUAGUGCUUGUCAUUGGCCCGGAAAAGUAAGAUCCAAUUGGUCAACUAGACAUGUUCAAGUCGGAGCGUGUACAGUGAUUAGUAAAACUCAUCUUCCUCUACACUUUUGACAACUCACUAUCGUUUUCAAAAUUGUUAAUACAUUCACAGUCUCUGUUUUGAUUUGUUCCUCAGACAAGGUAACAUGUUUGUCUUGUGCUUCAGUGCCUCGAAUUAACAGAUAGCCAUGAAAUCUGAUAAUCAGUUGGGCAUAUGACCAUGGAGUGAGGAUUUGAUUUUGGAGAUAUGCUCCUGGUAUUUUUACUGGGGGAUUUUCUGAUUAGCAGGUGUAAGGAGAGAUAUUGGGUUUCUAAUAUGAUAUUAGAAAUUAAAACGUAUGUGUGACACAGCACAGGGGGGUUUAGCGGGGUGAGCUACAUAUUGACAGGACAUAUAAUAACACAUAUAAGCCAUUACCAUGAGAUACAACUAAGAUAUCCUUGGGAAAAAAACGGUAUAAUGUGUGAAGUAAUGGGUUCAAUGCCUUAAGGUUUUGUAAGCGUUUCUUUAUGGGGCAGCUGUUGCUCAGUUGUUAUAGUCAGUCGUCUUUCAACCAGAAGGUUGGGGGUUUGAUCCCCAGCUCCUGCAGCCACAUGUCCAAUGUGUCCUUGGGCAAGACACUUAACCCCAAGUUUCUCCCACUGCUUUGUUUGCGGCAUAUGAAUAGCCUUAUUUACAAAACCUGAAGCAGUCAGCAAGUUAAACUUGAAAUCUUGAUGCGAGUAGCAGCAGCUGUAAGACAAGAGUGUAAAUAUCAAUCUGGCAUGCAGUUAUACAGUAAGCAAAGUAAGGAGAUACAAUGAUUCGAUUUGCCUCAUCUACAUCUCUUGGCUGUAAAUGCAGUCGUUUGAGAUUAUAGCUGAGAAAAUGUUAAAUUACCUUAUUUCCAACAGAUUUUUGCACUUACAAACAAAAGCCGUGAGCCAUUUUUCUUUCUUCUGCAGCGCUUAAUGAUCCAAUUUUCUUCAAUAGUCAUUUCCCUUAACUCAUUUCCUGAUGGAAUCAGUUUUAAAAUGCAAUUAGUGGCGAGAGAAAUCCUUUUUGGUUGUUUUUUUUCUUCUUGAAACAUUUUAAACUAAAACAUAACUACCGACCUCAUUGUCAUCUUCCCAUGUCAUUUUCCGUCUGUGUGUGUGUGCACGUGUUGUCCGUCACACUGUGUGUCUGUGAAUAUCUGGAUAUAUUGUGUAAAGGUGAAGGAGAUAUCUUGUCCCCCUGCGGUCCCCAAUGGUAAGCCGCCCCCCGUUGUACUGUCCCAGGCUCAGACUUCACCCAGUGAACAGGUGUGUUCACUUAUCUUGCUGCAAAGCUACACUUAACAAUGUGUGUUU